AUGGCCACUCUCCAGACACCCUUCCUGAAGCAAGCGGUUUCGGCGAUCACGACGGCCAAACCUCUUGAUGUAGCCGGAGGCUGCUUUUCCCCUGAUAACAUCCAAACAACUGGGGAAGUGCUCGAUGCCUCAAUCAACGAGACCCAACAUCAAUAUCAAGAAAGCCGAAGAUCCAACGAUUCCAUCAGCAGCGAAUCUAGCGACUCCACCUCCAUCAGUUCCACCAGAUCCAUCACCAGCGAGUCUUCCCUCGAAUCGUCUGACACUAUCACGGAGCCCAGCGUAAAGAACAUAACCUCCUCCGUGGAGACAACGCAAGAUACCUCUCCUGUAACGCAAGAUUCUUCGGGAAACACAUCCAGGAAGGGGUCCCGGUCCAGCAGCUGUGACCCCAAAGCCAAAAUUCGCAGGCAGGAGCGCCUAGAGCUCAAACAACUAGAGCUCAAAGAACAAGAUCUCGAUGAAAUAGUAAAGACAGUGGUCGAAGUUGAGCAGGCAAGACGCGAGUCCGUCCAAGAGGCCGUGGGACUUAUCAAAAAUUUCGUCAUGGGAACCUGGGAGACCGAGUGCGAGAACGGCCACGUCAAGAUCACCUGCGAUGUCACAAUGAACCGAAUGAUGGAGAUUGGUCGUCUGGAACAGAAAGAUGGGUGGCGGGAGUGUCUCAAGCUGGUCAAGGCACCCGUUAUUCACGACGCAAUAGGCCUGGGCCUCUGGCAGGAGCUGGCCAAACAGGUGCUUAUCAAAGACGCCCUGGAGAAAGCCGCUCGGGAGAAAGCCGCCUCAGAGGAAAAGAUGGCCGUGAUAGAAAGGUCACCGGGUGAUCUCUUCACGGGGACUGAUGCCCACAAGAGGAAGAGAGAAGGCUCUAUCCAACACGAGGAACGGAGGGCAGUGCCGAGGUUGGCGACGAAGUCCGACAUGAUCGAGUCGGCUCCAGCAGACGAGCAAGACAGUAGCAACAGCGACGUUCCUACAUCCCUCGUUAAGCUGAAUCAAGGCACAUGCCCGACGUGUAAGCGUACGUGCGCUUGUACGCCUGGCGCAAAAAGGGACAGCAUAUCGAGGCGCCUAUCUUUGCGAUUGACGAGUUCUUUUGGAGAUAUGGCGGGUGGUUAUGGAGGGAGAUUUACGGCGUGA